GCUCUUUUAACGUUCAAAAUGUUUUUUGGAUUCUUAUGUAAAACUCAGACAAACUCUCACAUUUAUAAACAUCUCUUCACACAUUUUUUUUUCUGCAUCAGUCCAAUCUCUCUGUCACUUUCUCUCUAAGCAAGAAUCAAUAAUUCAUCAUCAUCAGAAGAAGGGGGCAGCCCCUUUAAUUCUCACUAGCCUCUUCUUCUUCUUUGACGAGAUUUCUCGAAAUUCCGGUUUGAUUUGUUCAGAAUUUUUGGAACCCUUUAUAUUGAUUAUUGUUUAAGCGUUGAGAGGUCGAAUUUUUUGAGGUGUGAAUAGUAAGGAAUCAAGGAAGAAGGGAUGACUACCACAAUGAACAGCGAAAGCAGCAAUAACAGCAACACCCCCGCGGCUGGUCCGGUGAUGACGUCAUCCAAGCAGCCAGUGCAAUCUGCAAAGAACGUUGAUACUCAAUCUGUUCUCAAGAGGUUGCAAUCUGAACUGAUGGCCUUGAUGAUGAGUGGUGAUUCUGGAAUAUCUGCUUUUCCCGAGGAAGACAACAUAUUCUGCUGGAAAGGAACAAUUACUGGUAGCAAAGAUACCGUGUUUGAGGGCACUGAGUACAAACUAUCACUUUCCUUUCUAACUGAUUAUCCAUUCAAGGCUCCAAAGGUCAAGUUCGAGACUGGCUGCUUUCAUCCAAAUGUUGAUGUUUAUGGAAAUAUAUGCUUGGACAUACUUCAGGAUAAGUGGUCGUCAGCUUAUGAUGUGAGGACAAUUCUGCUCUCCAUUCAAAGCCUGCUGGGAGAACCGAACACAAGCUCACCUUUGAAUAAUCAAGCAGCAGCACUUUGGGGCAAUCAAGCAGAGUACAGGAAAAUGGUUGAGAAGCUUUACAAGCCUAGCUCCUAGAUUUCUCAUUCAUAUCGCCAAGCCCUGCAGGGUCCAGCAAGUGAAGAAGCUGUCAGCUGAUCAAUGAUAAACUCUCUGCUUUCUUUGGAGAGGAGGAACGUGAAUUGAUAUUGUUUCUUCAUGUUUCUGUGAUUCCUUCUCAUUGUGUUUUCCUUUUUUUUUUCCUUAACAGCUGUUGUACUUUCAAUACAUACAAGACCAACAAAGAUAGUUUGAUUUUGAUAAUUAGUAGAUGGCAUAACUGAUUUGUCCUCAAGUUGAAUGCAGUAAAAUGCAGAGAUUUUUUUAUAUCCAUCAA